GCUUCUUCUUACUUGACAACUUGUUACCGCUGGACGAAUAAGACCGUGAAGGUGUGAAGACGUUGGCAGAUGCACGCGUUUCUUCCAAGCAUAUUGCAAACUUCAUGAAUGAGCGGAUUGGAGGCAAGAUUACUCCUCAACAGACUCCCAACCUGAUUCCGCAACAUCAUGGGGAGAGAUUCCGCUGAAGAUCGCUUAAAGGACAUGCUUCAUGCACUUCGUCAACUGGAUGAAAGCGAUGUUCUUGUAAUGCAAGAUCAAAUGGGCCUGACGACCGGGGUUGUGAUGCAGUCAAAGUUGCAGAAGAUGAUGUUUGAGCGAUGGGUCGAGACACUGGCGAUGGACUUUACGCAUGGCACUAACAAUCUAGGCUAUCACUUGGGGAGUUUGGUUGUCACUACUCCUACUGGCAGAGGGUUUUCCGGUCUUUGAUUGCAUUAGCCUGGACGAGCAGGCAGUGACAAUUUCAAGCAUUUUGCAGUACUUCAAGGAGAAGAACCCAGGUUGGAAGCAGAUUUAGUCAGUGGUGAUUGAUAAGGAUUUUGUCGAGUGGGUCAUGCUGAAAGAGGUUUAUCCAAGGACCAAAGUAUUGUUGGGUCAGUUCCAUGAGAUCAGCUACUAGAAAAAAAGUGAUGAAGCGCCCUGUAUAUCGCCUAAAGGUAUCUCAAUGCGAGGAAUUGCUUCGACUGAUGACAAGGAUGCUUUACAGUACCUCUCGCCUCAGAUACAAUUUUUUGCUUCAAGGAGCUACGACAAUACUGUAAGGACGAGAAACGUGAAAGCUUAUUUGCAUACUUCAAAAAAAAAAUUGGAUUCCUGUCGAGAUAUGUGGGCUAAAUUCACCAAAAGGAAAGUUUUCACCGCUGGCAAUACCACCACGAA